AUGGGUUUUGGCCUGCCUGCCGCGCUCAGGGCCAAGCUCACGCGUGCUGAUGACCUUGUUAUUGAUAUCGAUGGUGAUGCGUCUUUCAACAUGACGAUUGCAGAGCUCGCCACAGCCGCGCAAUACAACAUUGGAGUCAAGGUACUGCUUUUUAACAACGAACAAAUGGAAAUGAUUUCAGACUUACAACGUCUGUACUACCAGGAAAGAUUUUCCCAAAACCGCCAGAGCAACCCCGAUUUUGUCAAAGCUUCAGCAGCGUAUAAUGUCCAGGCCGAUAGAUGGGUAAAUCCUGUCGAGGUUACGAGUAAGCUGCGUUGGCUCCUGCAGUGGGAUGGUCCGGCUCUUCUGGAAGUGAUCACCGAGCAAACCAGCCCGGUCUGGCCUGUAGUACCCGGUGGGAAGGGUUUACAUGAGUUCAUAACAUACGGGCGGGAGCCUGACCGAUAA